AGUAGCCUAGUCAUCCAGGGCAGCGAGUGAAGCGGAGUGGGACUGGUGAGAACAGCCAGCCAGCCAACCAGCCAGCCGGGCAGCCAUGAGCGGCAAGAGCCUCCUGCUGAAGGUGAUCCUGCUGGGGGAUGGCGGCGUGGGCAAGUCCUCGCUGAUGAACCGCUACGUCACGGACCGCUUCGACUCGCAGUCCUUCCACACCAUCGGUGUGGAGUUCCUGAACCGCGACCUGGAGGUGGAUGGGCGGCUGGUGACGCUGCAGAUCUGGGACACGGCGGGCCAGGAGCGCUUCAAGAGCCUGCGCACGCCCUUCUACCGCGGCGCCGACUGCUGCCUGCUCACCUUCGCCGUGGACGACCUGCAGAGCUUCCAGAACCUGGGCUGCUGGAAGAAGGAGUUCAUGUACUACUCGGACGUGCGCGACCCGGAGCGCUUCCCCUUCGUGGUGCUGGGGAACAAGGUGGACAACAAGGAGGAGGACAGGGAGGUGGGGGCCGACGAGGCCCGGGCCUGGUGCGAGGAGAACGGGUGUUACCCGUACUUCGAGACCAGUGCCAAGGACGACACCAACGUCAGCUCGGCCUUCGAGGCGGCCGUGCGGGAGGUGAUCAAAGGGGAGGAUCAGAUGGACCACACGUUGCUUAGCAACACCAUCGACCUGCACGGGAACCGCAAAGCCCCGCGCUCUGGGUGCUGCUGAUUUCGACCGGUUUACUCGCUCCCCAUGGUACUGCUGCGGCUGCCUCUCUUGAACUUAUGUGAACCUCUUUACCUGAUCUUGAUCCGACACCCAUCCCAACUCCCCACAACAAAUAGUAUUGUUUUUGCAAGUACAGACUUCCAAGGUUCAGUUUAAGGUUUUACAGAUUAUAUCCACAGUGUAACUCAGAUAUGGUACUAUUUGUGGCACUACGGUCUUCGAUGCAGUUUUGGUUGUUACAGCAAACGUUUUUUUUUCAUUAUGGUACAAAGCGUUCCCGUUCAGUUUUCUGUAAAACUUUAACAGGCACAGGUCUCAGUGGUCCAAUUGGAGGUUUUACUGAUUAUAUCCAUUGUGGAACUCAGAUAUGGUACCAUUUGUGGCACUGCGGUGCAGUUUUGGUUUACACAGCAACUGUUUUUUCAUUCUAGUACAAAGUGUUCUCAUUCACUUUUAUGUGUGGAGGUUGUUGCAAGGUCCGAGUACUUUGGGGCCCCGUACGGAUGAACAUUUCAUAGGUGUCGUAACCACAAUAUUAUGACUGACUUCUAUCACUCACUACACCCUUAAGUAUUCACAAGAGCACAGUCUACUGCACUACGGCGUCAGAUGUUUUGCCUUUAUGACAUUUCAAGGUCGUCAUGGGUUGUCAGGUGACUUGACAACACAGUAUAGUAUGUAUAAUCUCAAAGCAUAUGGUACAUUUCAUAUUAUGGUACUGAACAUGACUGUAUAUUAAACAAAACACACUGGCUAUAUACACAAUUACUUAUGGUUCAGUUCAGCAGAAUAUACUAUGUCAAGUAAGGUAAUGAACAUAUACUAACUUAUUGUGCUAUUGUAAAGUGAGCAGGUACAAAGGGAAUUUGUAUAUUUUUGUUUUGGAAAGGGACAGAUGACGGUAUCUCCAACACAUGGCUAUUUUAUAGGUCUUUGAAACACUGGUCAUUGAUUCAUUUAUCGUGUUACAAUAAUCUGAAAAACCUUUUUCAAGUUUUGUUUGGUCUUUUUUAAAUGGGUUAUUCUCAUCAAUUAUUUGUUCCUUUGUUUGUUUGUUGUUUUUUUCUGUAGUGUGUCUACUGAUUCAUAAAACUUGCGGUGCUGUGCACUUUUUUAUUUUACAUUAGAAGUGACUCAAAAGCAGAUGUGCUAUGACAUAGCUGACCAGUUUUUAGCAUGAAUUCACUUCUGUGUCUUCUGGCAGGGCUUCAGAAAUGGAUGAAAACACUGUGUUGAGCGUUUUGAAAAGCACAUGAGCAGCGAAGGGAAUAACUAGCGACCCCCAUCCCCUCAGCCGAGUUUCACAACGUACAGAGUAUUAAUGACUGACUUUAUGGUCCUAGUUACACUUAAAUCUGUAGUCAGUUACCCCAGAGGUCAUGACCUUGUCUUUGGCUGCCUUGUGUUGCCACAGUUUUUAAAGAACAUUCCAGUCUCUGAAAACAUAACACAUAUCUGUUAUUUUUAUUUAUUUACAUGUCUUUUUUUAUAAGUUGAUUCCUAAAUUCUUUGUAUAUGUUUUCAUUUCAACUCCUUUCAACAUCCGUCCACUUUGUUUUCAGAACAGCACCGUUUGAUGCAUUUCCACAAUAGAAAAUGACAACAAAAAUAUUAUUUUGAUAAUCCGGAAGCUCUACGUAAAAUGUUGGAUUUCUGAAUGGUUGUGCGGGCGGGCUGUGCUGUGCCAUGAUGCCUAUGCCCCCUGGGCUACUGUUGUACUCGCUCAUGUGAGCAUAACAAACCCAGAGUGCUUUGAUGUGACUGUGUUUUCAUGCAGGUUUGGUUGAAAUGCUGUUACCUUCCUGUUAAUCUCUCAUCAGUGUUUCAUGUGAAUGGUACGCAGUGAGGAGGAAACAGUUAGAAAAACGCUGUGAUGUUUUUUUUUUUCCCCCCCACUGAGAUAUACCUGUUGUAGUAGUACGGUACUCCAUUAAGGUCAUUCAAAACGGUUUCUUGUCAGCAGAGUUUGGAAAACCAUGUGACAGUAUUUACAGAUUCCUUCUGUUCUGCUCCGGCUUCGGUUCGAAAAUUGGCCGUUAACAGGAAACGAGCAGUCUUCAUUAUGGAUACAAAACUAAUUGGAUAAUCUGCUUUCAUGUUACUGGCCGUUAUUUUUGUGUUACUUACAUUCCUUGGGGCUUGUUAGCCUCACAGGGAAUCUCUUGCUGCUGUGUAUCAAACUUAUUGUUCAAAUAUUUACACUCAUUGGGCAUCAAUUAAUAAACACAGCUGAAGCCUUCCUUACAAGUGCGCACACUCACUCCCUCGCUGCUCGGAUAUACGAGUCAUAGCAUGCUGCCUGCAACCCGGCUGGUAUAAAUACACACACACACACACACACACACACACACACACACACACACACACACACACACUGCAGAGGAUUCUGAAUUCUGUUGCCUGUCUUAACCAGUGUAGGCCUACUUUUGAUCCUUAAGGGUUUGAGAUGUUGGGAUCUUUUUUAUUAUUAUUAUUACACUGAGUCUGGAAAUCGAAAUGUAUUUUUCCAGUCUGAGUUGGAUCAUACUGUAUGUGAAUCCUGUGGCUUUUGUAUUAUAUUGCUGCCCAAACCCCUCCCCAUCAUGGCACCAUUCAUUUUUUUUUUUAAAUGAGGCUGAAAUCUAAUUUUUGUCUGAGGGCUUGACUGUGUAGAAUGUAAGCAGCAGUAGUGGCAGUGUGUGCAAACCUGGAGGGGACACACACACACACACACACACACACACACACACAGAUGGCUGAUGUAGGCUAGAGCAGUGUGGAUAUACCCACUUAUAAAGUACUGCCCUGGCACACUGGAAAGCGAGAUGGAGGGAAAAUAAACACUGCAGUAUCCUCUUGCCACACAGUGUUGCACUCGUGUCAGUGUACGCUUUGAACCCCCAGCAGCGAGCGAGUGCUUUUGGACAGAUCGCGUAAUUGGUCCUGGAAAAAAAAAAUUGUUGGACAAACUCCUCAUGUAUCAAACCUUUCCAAACCCUCCUCUAGCCAUCUCCGAUCAUCUCCUGAGUUGCACUAAAGAGGUCAGGACUGGCUUUGUUUACAAACCUUACUAAUUUAGUGGCGAAUAUCCAGUGGCAAUGCUAUGAAUAAAUCAUGCGGAAUACCAAAUGAAA